AUGUGUGCAGGGUUGAGGAAAGGAGCACUCACUCUACUGGUCAAAUUCCUGGACAAACACCCUCAAAUAGAGUUCAUAAGAUACCAGUGGAUUGAUUAUGCCGGUAUCCUACGUGCCCGUGUCGUGCCCGUCUCCAGUGCGCUUAAACUGGCUUCCACAGAAUCACCUCUCUGUGGAGGACGAAUAUGUAUCACCGCGACAAAUGUCAUUCGCAUGAUUGAAAAUCGUUCCCAUGUCGGCGUCGACUCCAUCUACCCCGACUUCUCCUCCCUACGCGAGUGCCACUAUGCGCCAGGCCACGCCAGUGUCAUGUGCUUCAUCUCCGAAGGGGACAUUGGAUUUGAAAGAGAUCCGAGAACCCUCCUAACCUCCAUCGUGGCCAGUGCACCACAUGUCCGAUUCAGAAUCGGGUUUGAAGUGGAAUUCCGUUGCUUAACACCCGAAGGGAAAGAUCUAGAUGACACCUUGUAUUCCUGGUGGACCACAACGGGCUUACGGAACCGUUGCGCGCCCAUCAUCGAUGAUGUGGUUCGCAUUUUGCAGCGUGAGAAAAUUGAAGUUUUACACUACUGUUCAGAGUCGGGUCUUGGGAUGUUUGAGAUCGCCACCGGUCCUCUAUCUCCGUUGGAAUCGAUCGACGCCUGGGUGUAUACGCGAGAAGCCGUCAAAUCUCUCUUUUGGGAGCACGGCAUCAUUGCCACAAUGUACCCUUCACCGGUGGAGGUCCACACCGGUAUUGGCGCGCACUUUCAUCUUUCCAUGACGUCGGACUCGGAGGUUGAUGAAAGCGCGUUCUUGGCGGGGAUUCUAGGGCAAUUAGGCGGAUUAUGUGCCUUGGCGAUGCCACUAGAAGACAGCUACAAACGCAUCACAGAUCGAAAGUCGGAAGCCGGUUGUUGGAUCGGCUGGGGCACUGAGAAUCGAGAUUUCCCAAUCCGCAAAGUGAAGAAGGGACACUGGGAAGUUCGAUGCUGUGAUGCCACAGCGAAUAUCUAUCUAGUUGUGGCAGCGUUCAUAAACGCCGGGCUGGGAGGAUUGCGGACAGGAAAGCAACUGGUGUGGCAGGAUUUCAAUGGCAACCCAAUGGCACUGGAUGAGCAAACUAGGAGGGAGCUUGGAAUUACGCAGCGGAUGCCAACAGAUCUCAGUGAGAGUUUGCAUGAAUUGGAAAGGUGGGAUGGUGGUGCGAUGAGCAAGUGUCUCAAGACUUUCUGUGAAAUGAAAAAGCAGGAGAUUCGGGAUCUACGAGAGUUAUCAGAUGAAAAGAGGAUAAGGAACAUGAUUCGGCACUUUUAA